AUGCUCCCCUUUCUGCAGCCUUCGGCAUCGCUGGCCCGUGCUGCGCCACAACUCGCGCGCCAGCUGCCGUCGACCAUCAGAAACAGGCACGGCGCGCAUUGUCUACGACGCAAGUCGACCGUAGCUGGGCGUGCCACGCGAGCCGGCUCUGAACAAGAAGCCCUUGAAGAAAGCGACGAUCCUUACCAAUCUCACAGCCGAGAAGGCAGGAAGACACGCUUCUCGCACUUUUUCGACAGGCGCAUUCCCGUCACGCCCUCAAGACAAGAACCUCGGUUCGGUGAAAGCAAGACUUCCUACGACAUCACCGCCGCCUCUCGACAGGCCACCACCGCCCUGCGGCGAGCCGUCAGCUUCGGCUCAUCGACCGAGAUCAUCAAUGCGUACGACAACCUUGUGCGCGCCCACCACAGACACGUCCAAGAUGUCACCAGCUCCUCAUCCAAGUUCCUCGCUCCUUCUGAGGUCGGGUUCCCGAUGCACAAAGACGACAUACAGAAUGCAAUCCAGACACUCUUGCUCAACGCUCAGAAGCAAGGGCCCAUCCCGCCUCAAAUCGUCGAAGCGUGCCAGCGCAUGUUUCAAGACCUCAGCCGGCUCUUUGGCUUCAAGAUCGCCGCAAACGACCUGCAUCGCCAGCUCUACUGCAUAUCCAGAAGCACCGACGUGGACCAAGUAGCAGCGUUUCGGGAGCUGCGCGAGAGCUACCCCAAUUGGCGGGUUGCGCCAUUACGAUGGGGAAUGAUCAUCUCACCGCUCGCACGGCGCGGGCGCUAUGAUCAGGCGAUCGAUGUCUGGCAGGAGAUGAUGGAAUCAGGCGUGCAGCCCGAUAUGCGCCUUCGCGAACUAAUGGUCAAUCUCUGCCUGGAGAGUCAAGACACUCCAGCGCGAGCACGACUGGAAGGCCUUGCGCAGGGUGCGGACGACACAGCAUUCCACACGUGCAUCAUCGUCGUGGAAGGGUUGUGCCACUUCGCCGCUCGGGUCCUAGAGGUCGACGAGGAGCUUCUGCUCCGACUGCGGACGCAUGCCUCUCAUCUACGAGGUCUGCUCGAAUCACGCGCGCCGGACGAAGCGCGCACAGCCGCUCGGGACGCGCUUCUGCGCUUUGAGGCGGUGGACGCCGGUCUCACGCCGGCGCCCGAGACAGCUUCACGAGCACACGAGCCCGAGUCACCUGACCAGCGGGCGAUCGAGGAAUUGCUGCUUGGCCUCCACGGUGACGAGCUGAACAGCGUGCAGAGCAGCGACGAGGCGGUCGAGCUGCUGGAUCGGAUCCUAGCAGCCACCGAUCCAGGCCGGACCAUCCAUCCAGACGAUCAGUGCUACCACCUCCUCAUGCUUGGUCUUCUCAACACGAGUGGAACCGACAUCAACGCGUCCGCCGUGGAAGACGCUGAGAACGGCUCGACUCAGUCUCGCGCGCUGCCGACGCCGAACCAGGUGCGAGAAGCACAGCUGCUCUACGACCACGCGCGGGCGAUUGGGGUGUCGCCCACCCCGCAGCUCGUGGUGCCGCUGCUGAGGGCAUACUGCGAAGCGUUCAUCCCGUCCAUCUCGGCGGCGAUCAAGCUCGUGCACGACAUGCUCGAUCACCGUGCCGAGCGCAAGACGACGGAUGCGGCGCCCAGUCGAAGCUCGGACAGAGUGGGUAUGGACGUCAUCGGCCCCGUUCUGGACGCAUGCGUGCGAACCAGAGAUGUCGCCGCGGCACGCGGGCUGCUGUCGCGGCUGCAAUCGGCGCGCAUCGCCAUCGACGUCGAUGACAAGGCGCUGCUCAUUCGUCCGCUCAUCAGCAUGGCGUCGUCGUGGUCCGAAGCAUUCGGGAUCUAUCGGGCUCUGUUGCGCUUGCCUAUCUCGUCUACAGGCGAAAGCAGGGGCCUGGACAAGAGGGGCUACACUGAGCUGCGGCGGUCACUGUUCGAGCUGCGCUUCACGGAAGACCAGGGGAGAGGCGAGCGGGUGAUGCUGGCCGCUCCACCCGAGGAUCUGCUCGGAACGCUGCAGGAUAUGCGUGCCGACGGGCAUCCGCCGACGUGUGCGGUGUAUACGGCGGUACUGGACUACUACUCCAAGACGCAGCCUGCGUCGGCGGCGGGCGUGGCGGCGACGCACGCCAUGCUCAAGUGGGACGAAGAGCUCGAGCCGGACCUGCCGCUGGUGAAUGCGCUCAUGAACGCGUACAAUCGCAUCGACGAGCCGACGAUCGUGCUCGCCAUCUGGGAGAGCCUCUUGGCGACGCGGCAGGAGUUCGACAGCGUGACGCUGUCGGUGUUCUUCGACACGGCCGGGCGACAUGGAUUGCUGACGCUGGCGCGCAAGGUGGUGAGCACGGUGCAUCGUGCAGAAGAAGAGGCCAAGGAGAGGGGUACGAAGCGGCGCACGCCCAUGACCAAGGGCGCGUGGGAUGCGUGGCUUGAAUGCCUGGCGCGCUGCGGGAGGCUGGAAGAGGCCAUCGAGGUGGCGUUUGGUGAAAUGCGCACCACACUGCUGCGUCAAGCCAUCGAGUCGCACGAUCUGGACGAUGAUGGCAAUGCGGCUGGUACGGUGGCCGAAGUCAUGGUGCGGUCCAUGCAGGCGCCUGUGCGCGAUCGCAACGGGCACAUAGUGGGACCGGAUGCAAAGACUUUCGGCACACUGCUCAAGUUUGCCGCGCGCGAGCGAGAUCGUCGCCAAAGACGCCAGACGGGUCGCGAGUCUCCGAUCUGGCACAAGCUGCGCGCCCGCCUGCGUGAGGAACUCAGCUGGCUCUAUCCCCACGUCAAGCGGAUCGGCGAAUCAACCAAGGCUUAG